AUGACCGGUCGCUUCACUCGGCCGCAGUGGUCGCUGGCAACGGGGCGACACUAUGCAAGUAGCGGGCACUCAGCGGCCAGCUCGUGCAGCACUCACACGCUGAAGGUGAACCAAACGGAGAGCUACCGGCCCGGCCCCGAUGACAGCGGCACAUACAGCGCGAACCUGCGUGACUCGCCGAGCCGCACCAUGAGCAACACCAGUGUUUCGGUCUCCCCCAUGGACAGCAGCAGCCCACAGGAAUGGGGCCGUUCCUUCCGCCUUUUCAACUCCUGUCGCUUCCUCGCCAGCGCCUCCGGUUCACGGCAGCGUGACGGCAGCAUCGGACAGCUGUAUCGUAGUACUUUCUUGCAUGGUCGGCAGGGCCGCGGCAGCAGCACUGGACCGGAGGCCGAAAGGCUACUCCUCGGGAGCUCCUUCAUCCACCAACCACAGAGCAGCUUCUUUGGCACCUUUAGCGGGCAAGGUGGACGCUACUCCUUGUGGCCCCCCGACGUGAAUGCCAGCGGAGUGCUGACCGCAGCCUCGCCGUACGCCGCGUUCAACCCGUCCGCGCCUUUGUCAUCAGCGAGUCCCUUAUUAGGCUCUCCUCGCUUCCUCGGGGCGGGUAUCUCGCCUCGCGGAGUGGCAGACUGGCACGCUGUGCAUCGUGUCGUCGCGUCGUGCGCAAUGGGCUCGGUGGUGUGCACUGUCUCACCAGGUCAGAAUGAACUGCCUUUGGCGAUGAAUGCCCUACGCACGCACAUUGCGGUGCGCGGCAAGACGAUCAUUCAAGGCGAUGCUGCUCACCCGCUGGACAUUCGCAAGGGUCCCCUUAUCGGCGCCGGCGGCUUCGCGAAGGUCUUCGCGGGCGUGGACACCGUACGUGGAGAGCUUGUCGCCAUCAAAGAGAUCGACAUCUCCGGCGUGGACGACGUGAAGGCGCUCAACGCGAUCGAGGCGGAAUUCGCCCUACUCAAGUCCCUUCAUCACCCCAACAUUGUCAGCUAUUCCCUCUUCGAGCACAGCAAGUCGCAGAAAGUCUGCCGCAUUGCGAUGGAGCUGCUUGCGGGUGACUCCACUCUCCACCUGCUGCAGAAGUUUGGACCACUGACGGAAGCGGUGCUGCGCAUCGUGGCGCGGAGCGUCCUGCGCGCCAUUCGCUUUAUCCACAAGGAGGGAAUUUUUCACCGAGACAUCAAACCCGCCAACAUCCUCGUCAGCCACCGCGGCGAGGUGAAACUGUGCGACUUCGGCUGCAGCAAACGCGUGUCGGAGCUGAACAAAGCAUCCAGCUGCAUUAUUGGGACACCAGUGUACAUGGCCCCUGAAUUCAUCAAGGGUGAGGCUAAUCACAAGGCGGAUAUAUGGUCAAUGGCGUGCGCGCUUUUCGAGCUGAGCACCGGGCUGCUGCCUUGGUACCACUCCGGCGUCAAGGACAAUCUCCCUCUCAUGUUCUACCUCACGACAACGUCGGAGUCUCCCUUGGUGCUGCCCUCGCCAGAAGCCAAGAGCGAGUUCUCCGCGGAGUUCCUCAGCUUCAUGGAACUGUGCUUCACACGCAACGUGGCAAAUCGACCAGAAGCCGACGAUUUGCUGAAGCAUCCGUGGAUCACAGGGUCGCGGCUCGCGCCGGUACCAAACCCACCCAGCGCUGUCCUCUCUCUCCACCAGGAAAGCUCCGCCGUGUUUCGCUCUUUUGGUUCGCCCGGGAAGUCGUCCACGUUCUCCAGUCCGCGAGACUCGGCGGCGGACCGCGACGACAUGAGCUUCAACGGCAGCGACGGCUUGCAGAAGUCCGUUUCCACCACCCCAACUCUCAACCCCGCGGAGGAGGAGAUGGCGUGUCAGCAGGAGUUGGAGACCGUGGCGGCGGCGACGGCGCUGGAACUCUGCUCCCUGCUCGUGUGCUCCCUGGAGAUCCCUCCUCGUACCGUACAGGAGACUGUGACAGGGGAAGUGGGCUCGGGGACCGGCGACACGAGUCCCUCGCUCACGCGCACCUUCUCGAUCCACUCACCCGCCCUUAGCCAUCGUGGCGGCGGUGUCAGCGCGAACGUGGCUGAAUUUCUGUCCCCUGUAUAUACGCCAGAGCAUUCCAUGGUGCACGAAAACUUCCACUACAGCCAAGUGCCACUUGGGGCGUCUGCAGGCAACUUUGUCUUGCCUCCCGGACUGGACUUGGAUGGGGCACCGCCGCCGCAGCAGUACUUGCGCAUCAAUGAGGAAGGCAACCUUGAUGUGGUUCACCUUCCCGGUGACGAGAUGGAGGAUUCGGUGCACGGCAGGCCCACCUUCGGCGACAGCGUCUACGGCUCCUUCCACACUGGGCGUAUUGUAUCCCCAGCGCGUAACAGCUCGUUUAGCAGAGGUACCGUCAGCCCGCGCGUUGCUGCGGGGCCGAAUGCCAUGGGCGUGGCCGACGGCGCUUUCUCCCCGCUUCUCGGCAUCAGUGGCGUCUUCUCUCGCAGAGAGUCGCCGUCGCGCGGGGGCCCCUCAGUUCCGUCAUCCCCGCAGGGCAUUCCCGCGCCGCCGCUGCUGUACCGACCCGGCCCGUCCACAACAUUUGUAAGUCAGCCGCCCAGCCACACCGGCUCGGUGCAUACGUCGCACGUGUCGCCGACGUCCGCAUCCAAGGCCGGCAGCAACCUCGACACCGUAUCACCUCACACUCCGCGGUCGAACUCGCCUACUUCCACGCAGCGCAGCGAGAGUUUCCGUGGGUUGCCAGAGAAACUGAGGGCGCACGCUGAUGGAAAGCUGCACAUGUCCUUCUCUGUCAACACCGCCCCAGGAUGCGCCGUGAACGUGGAGCUGAAUGUCGAUGUGGCUGAUGUGCAGUGCAAGGUGGUGGAUAACCAGCCGAACUUUGUGGUCGCCUUCACGGAUGACGUGCGCAACCAAAUCGCAAACAAGAUUAAAGAGGUGGCUGAACACGCGUCAUCGGACAUGCCUGGCCAGACGUCAGGCACUCAUGCCUCGCCGCUGACCCCGUCGUGCGGGAUGGAAGCGCGCGGGUCGCUCUCUGCUGGUGGCAGCCACUUUUACAACUCACCAUUAUUCUCGUCUUCUUCGAAGGCCGCACCACGUCCGCUUUUACGGGCCUCCACCAGCAGCGCGCAGCGACUUGUGGCCGCCCCGCGCGAGACGCUUGCCGGCUAUUCGUCUUACUCUGGGGAGGAGGGCUCUGACGUGGAUUCUCACACGUCCUCGCCCAUGGCGGCGGGCUGGAGUGAACGCGUGAGCAAGUAG